AUGACAAAAGCAACAUUUGCAGCAGGAUGUUUUUGGUCUGUUGAAUUAUUAUUUCAAAGAGUAGCAGGUGUUACAAAAACAAGAGUUGGUUAUACUAACGGUACUGUAGAGAAUCCAACCUAUAGACAAGUUUGUAGUGGUAAAACUGGAUGUGCUGAAGCAGUUGAAUUGGAAUAUGAUCCUGAAAAAGUCACAUACAAUCAAUUGUUAGGUUUAUUUUGGUCUAAACAUGAUCCAACAACAUUAAAUCGUCAAGGUAAUGAUGUAGGUACACAAUAUAGAUCUGGUAUUUAUUAUCAUAAUGAAGAACAAAAGAAUGAAGCAAUUGCAAGUAAAGAAAAAGAACAAUUAAAAUAUAAAGAUCCAAUCUCAACUGAAAUUUUACCAGCUGGUGUAUUUUAUCCUGCUGAAACUGAACAUCAACAAUAUUUAGGUAAUUAUUAA